AUGGGCCAAACAAGCGAAGCAAACGCCAAAGCCGUCGGUGCUGAACUGGCGGCUGUCCUGCCAGACAUUGGCCCCUGGUAUAAGCAAACUCACAUUUUACGCCUCAACCUCUGCAUUGCCUCCCUCAUCAUGUGUGCCUCCGCAAACGGAUACGACGGCUCCAUGAUGAACGGACUUCAGGCCUUGCCCCAGUGGCAUGCGUUCAUGAAGCAGCCGACUGGCGCCUGGCUUGGAUUCGUCAACGCUGCCUACUCCCUCGGCAAUGUUCUCGUGUACCCCAUUGCCGCGUGGGUUUGCAACAAGUACGGCCGCAAGAUGGGUAUCUACGUGUCCUGGGUUUGUCUAGGUGCUGGAUCGAUCCUGCAGACCGCUGCACCCAACGACGCCGCAUUUGUCUGCGCCCGCUUCAUCAUCGGCUUUGCCUCUGGGUUCUUCCUUUCGGCGCCUCUGCUGAUCACUGAGAACGCAUACCCGACGCACCGCGGGUUGGUUUCCGCUUUAUACAACUGUGGUUGGUAUUUUGGUGCCGUGGUGGCGGCCUGGGCAACAUACGGCACAAGAAACCUCGACCACUGGGCAUGGCGACUGCCCUCGCUGUUGCAAAUCACCCUGCCCGUUCUCUCAAUUCCCGGCCUGCUACUCAUUGGAGAGUCUCCACGCUGGCUGGUGUCGGUGGACCGAACCGACGAGGCAAGGAAAAUUAUUGCUCGCAAUCAUGCCGGCGGCGACUCGCACUCACCUCUCGUCAUUUUUGAGAUGAUGGAGAUUGAAGAGACUAUCCAAGCCGAAAAGGAAGCCCACUCGGAAACAAAGUGGUCGGAUCUCUGGAGCACCCCUGGCAACCGACACCGUCUCUUUAUUUCUGUCAGCUUGGGAGUCUUCGCGCAAUGGUGUGGUGUUGGUGUUGUCAGCUACUACCUGGCCAUGGUACUUUCAUCUGUCGGUAUCACCUCUGUCGAUGACCAAACUCUCAUCUCAGCUUGCAUACAAAUCUGGAAUCUCAUAUGCGCCUCUACCGCUGCGAUCAUGGUUGACAGGGCCGGCCGGCGAGGCUUGUUCUUGGCUUCGGGCACCAUCAUGUUGAUCUCCUUCUCUAUUGUUACUGGUCUCUCCGGCAGCUUUGCCAAUACUGGCAAUGCACCAACUGGCACAGCAGUGAUUCCGUUCCUCUUCAUAUUCUACCUCGGCUACGACAUUGCCCUGACCCCACUGAUGGUGUCUUACCCCGUCGAGAUUUGGCCAUAUCGCCUACGCGCCAAGGGUCUCACGGUUGCACUAAUGACAAGCAUCGGCUGCAUCUUUUUCAACACAUUCGUCAACCCCAUUGCCCUCGAGACUGUCGAAUGGAAGUACUAUUUUGUCUUCCUGGCCGUUCUCGUCAUCAUGCUCAUCAGCGUCUGGUUCUACUACCCCGAGACCAGAGGCCGCACUUUGGAGAACAUGGCUUAUCUGUUCGAUGGUGAGACUGCCGAAGUGGGCGCGGGCAAUGCCUCAUCCGCGCUAAAGGAGGCGGAGGCAUCCCAUGUGGAGGUGACAGACAAGAGUUAG